AUGUUGGGAAUAUGCUCUUUUAUUGAAACAGAGACCCAAGUAAUGCUCAGUCAUAAUCUAUGUGAUGAUUCCAUAUCCACUGGAAUUGAUGAAAUCGUGGCUGAGGCAAAGAAAGUUCACAUAAUUGAUCUUGGCAUCAAAUGUGGAGUGCAAUGGACAAUUCUGAUGCAAGCUCUCGCAUCACGACAUGAAUGCCCUCUGGAGCUUCUCAAGAUAAUUUUCGUGGGAUUUACUUCAAGUCAUACUGAGGUUCAAGGUAAAAGGUUAAUGGGUUUUGCCCAAACCAUGAACUUACCAUUCUCUUUUAAGGUUGUCAUAAUAUCAGACAUUCUUGACCUCAAAGAAGAUCAAUUUGAGCUUGAUACUGAAGAAACAGUUUCUAUCUACUCCGAGUUUUUCAUUUUUAACCUGAUUGCACAGCCGGAUCGUCUGGACUAUUUGAUGGGAGUAAUCAGAAACAUGAAUCCAUGUAUAAUGGUGGUCAUUGAAGUUGAGGCAAAUAUAAACUCACCAGCAUUUGUGAGCCGCUUUGUUGAAGGAAUCAGGAGUGCUGCGGUGGCUGAUGGAAAUGAAUGGAGAGCCCACCAUAUAAAGAUUGACAUAUGGAGGGCUUUCUUUUCCCGUUUUAGGAUGGAGGAGAAAGAUCUUAGUAUUAGUAUGUCUUCCUUGUACCGCCUCCGCCUUCUCCUACCAAACGUAUUAAACACUGCGAUGAUCAGAUCCUUGUCGCCAAUUCCGAUUUUCUUGUUUCAAAAUCGUCCCUCCUUGCGUCGAAUUUCAAAAUCUUCUGAAGAAGAACUGAUUUUCGUUCGUCGAUUGUCUGCGAGUUUCUUAAGAGCGCAUUCUGUCUCUUCUAAUUUUUCGUUGUGUGGGGGAGAUAUGAUCAAUUUUAUUGACUUCAGUUUGGUUUUUGGCAUGUUAGAGAUCAAAAACUGA